AUGAUUCAAGAGUUCCUCCAACUGAAACAAGAAAAAAUGUCAGUCGCUCAAUAUGCGAACCGUUUUGAAGCUCUUUCACGGUACGCUUCAGCCAUAGUAGCAAAUGAAGAGGAUAAGGUUAGGCGAUUUGAAUGGGGCUUGGACACAGACAUUAGAGGAAGAUUGAUCACAAUGCAACUCUCCACCUAUGCCCAGAUGGUGGAUCAAGCUUUAAUUGUGGAACAAGAGUUAGCAGAUUCCAAACGCAUUCGAAAUCAGCGAUCAAGGAACAACAACCAACCACGCAGAGGAGGCCCAGUCCGCAACACCAGAAACUAUCCUGCGCCAGCACCCUAUGCCGGAGGAAUGCAACAGCAACAAAGGCAAAAUCGAGGAAACCAACAAGGAGGAAACUUUGUAAAUGAGUGGAAAGGAAGAUGUUUCAGAUGUGGUCAACAGGGGCAUCGUCGAAAUGAGUGUCCUCGAGGUGGGGAGUAUUUUAUGGAUUAG